AUGCUGAGCCCUCCCUCGAACUUGAACCAGGUGGAAUCGAGAACAGUUCCCAACGCGCUUGGGGCAAGAGAGCAGAACUCCCCCAGGGCGGAACAGGAUCCACUACAGGCACUGCAACUUGCUCUACUGCAGCAAUCACAAGCCAACUCUUUCAACAACAAAGAAAACCAUCAGAAGCCGCCAGCUGCUGCUCAGGAUCCAAUCACUUCCACGAUGCAGGCGAUGAUGAACGGGCUCCAAUCGGGCUCCCAAUUCGGCAACUUUAUGCAACAACAGCAGCAACAAGCCGCCAGUCUCCUUGCCGCACAACAGUUCGGCCUGCAGAAGGAGAAAGAGUCGCAAAUGAUGCAACACAAUCUCGCGGUCCACCAGCUCCUCCAGCAACACCUCCUCCAGCAGCAACAACAGCAGCUGCUCAAAUCACCUGCGACCAGCUCCGUUUCCUCCCUGGCCAUUUCCGAGCCAAAGAAAGAAGGCCUUGGAGGAGCUCUUGGAAAACUGUCUACUCUUUCCAGCUUGAUAGACGAGCGAGAAAGAAAAAGUCCAAAAAGGGAGUCGCCGCCAAUGUCCAUAGAGCCAAACCACCCGCUCUUCAGCCACAACACCUGCAAAUGGCCGGGUUGCGACCAGCACACCGAGGAUUUUGGACGAUUUCUCAAGCACCUGAAUCAAGAACAUGGCUUGGACGACAAAUCGACUGCACAAUGCCGCGUCCAAAUGCAUACUGUUCAGCAGCUAGAACGACAGGUUCGAGUUGAGAAGGAACGGCUAAAUGCGAUGAUGACUCAUCUUCAAAUGGACUCUGAUAAGGCCAGAGCAAGGUCGAUUUCUCCCCCGAAACGGGCUCAAUCCCCAGUUCUACCCCAGGGAUCCCCACAGAAUGGUUUGGGAAGCAUGCCCCGUCUGCCCACCAAUCCCAUCCCAUCCCUCCCGACCUCCACUCCCAGCUGGGCGGGCGCAGGCCUCGGCGGCUCACCCUACUCCACCGCCGCCGCCGCUGGUGGAGGAGGAGCUUCACAGCGAGAAAGCUCCUUUCACCGAAAACGCCCUACUCUUGGCAUUUCGGAAGAACUGCACCAGAACUCGGACUUCUACAAGAACGCGGAUGUUCGACCCCCAUUCACAUACGCUUCUCUCAUUCGCCAGGCGAUCGUCGAGUCUGAAGAUCGCCAGUUGACCCUCAACGAGAUCUACAACUACUUCAUGAAGACUUUCGCCUAUUUCAGAAAAAACGCGGCGACAUGGAAAAACGCGGUUCGACACAAUCUAUCCCUCCACAAAUGCUUCGUCCGCGUCGAAAACGUCAAGGGAGCAGUCUGGACCGUCGACGAAGUUGAAUACCAAAAACGACGACCACAGAAACUAUCUGGCCCUGUUCUGCGUCCUCGAAUGGACAUGGACUCGCAUUCUUCAUCCCCUUUUCCCAACCCGAUGAUGCCUCAAGCCGCCACUUCUGAUUCAAACAACUAUUUAUCCGCGGCCGCGCGGCUCUUCCAGAAUCCCGCCCUCCUCGGCGGCCUCAAUCCCGCCCUCGCAGCACAACUUCAAGCGCAACUCAGUGGCAAUGCCACUGCUGCCAUUUCAGCACCACCAACACCACCUCAAAUCACUAAUCCGACAGCUGCUUUUGACAUUUCCGAAAUGAUCAGAAAACAAUCUGAACUUCUUGCGCAAGCAAACGGUGCCCUCGCCAGCCAGGAAGCCAGUGUAAUGGAAGUCGAAGAAGCAGCGGAAGAAGCCCCCGCAGAAGAACCUAUCAAAAGCGAACCACAAGUCCAAGAGCCGAUCAGCGCUCCGAUGGAAGUUCCAACCGUGGCGCCGGAAAGCCCACCAGCAGCAGCGGCUCAGGAAAAUUCCGAGGAGCGGCCUGUCGAGAUUCCAGAGCAAGAAGCAGCCCUAAACUCAAGUUCAGCCCAAAUCAAUUUAAACGAAAGUAAUCCACUGUAA